UAAACUCGCCCAGUUAAAUUUUGGUAUUUUCAAAAUUACCGUCCCACUAAACCCUAAACUUCAUCCUCUCUUAACCGUUCCUCAACCCACUCUCCCUCUCCUGCAACCUCCGAUUUUCUAUUUAAUUUCUUUGCACUUAUUAUUAUACUUUUUUUUUAUCAUCCAUUAUUAACUUGAUUUCAUACUUAAAAUUUGAAAUUUUCGACAAUUCAUGGUUUUCUGUUUGGUUGCUGAGAAAAGGAAGGAAAGGAAAAAGUUUGCGCUUUUUUUUUUUUUUUAAAUUCAUAAUUUUAGGAGAAUGGUUUAUUGUAAUAAUUGUUCCAGAAACGUUACUGGAGAACGCGUCUAUGAUGGGCCUUUGUGUUGUACUUUUUGCGGGAAGGUGUUGGAAGAAUACAAUUUUGCGUCCGAACCGCAAUUUGUUAAAGAUUCAGCUGGCCUGAGCAAACUGUCUGGAAAUUUUGUAAAGUCUGUUCAAGAUAUUUCAGAUUCACGUAGGAGGACAUUGGAUAAAGCUUUUGAUGAUAUGAGAUGUAUGAAGGAUGCAUUAAGUAUUGAUGAUUAUAGCGAUGAUGUCGUUGAAACUGCUAGACGCUUUUAUGAAAUUGCCCUUGAACGGAAUUUCACUAGGGGGCGCAGAUCAGAGUUAGUACAGGCUGCAUGUCUUUAUCUUGCAUGCCGGCAAAAGAAAAAGCCUUUCCUUCUUAUUGAUUUUUCAAGUUAUUUAAAUAUAAAUGUUUAUGAGCUAGGCUCUGUUUAUCUGCAGCUUUGCUAUGUGCUGUACCUUGCUGAGACGAGAGAUCUUCAGAAACUAAUUGAUCCUUCAAUUUUUAUUCAUAAAUUUACAAAUGUUUUGAUUCCAGAAGGGAAUGAUGAAGUUGUUAAAACUGCACGGGACAUUUUAGCUAGCAUGAAACGGGACUGGAUGCAGACAGGGAGAAAACCCAGUGGAUUAUGCGGGGCAGCACUAUACAUUUCUGCACUCUCACAUGGUCUGAAGUGUUCUAAGUCAGACAUUAUAAGGAUUGUGCAUAUUUGUGAAGCAACAUUGACAAAGCGAUUGGUUGAAUUUGAGAAUACAGACUCUGGAAGCUUGACGAUUGAGGAGCUUACGGAAAAGGAGAAGGAGCUUCGAACUAGUUCAUUAACUAAAAAACGGCCAAAUACUGGGUCAAAAGAAGCCAGCAUACAUGAAGUGCUAUGUAAGCAUAUGGAGAAAAAACCUUUUGCUUAUGGACUUUGUGAAGAAUGUUAUGAAGAGUUCAUGAAAGUUUCAGGAGGACUUGAUGGAGGAUCAGAUCCACCAGCAUUCCAGCGUGCUGAGAAAGAGAGAAUAGCAAAAUUAUCUAUUGAGGAAAAUGCUAAAAGUGUAUCUGGCAGCCCUUUUGCAAGUGGAUCUGAAAAACCUGAAAAUAUUGGGGUUUCAGAGGGUGCAACUAACCAGGCAGCCAUGGAUGAGCGUGACAAUGAUAAAUUACCCGGUGUUGAUGGUAGUGAUGAUGAAUCAGAUAACUUUUCUGAUAUUGAUGAUUUUGAGGUUGAUGGUUAUCUUCACAAUGAAGAGGAGAAGCAUUACAAAAAGAUAAUUUGGGAAGAAAUGAAUCGGGAAUAUCUUGAGGAACAAGCAGCCAAGGAAGCAGCCGCAGCAGCUGCCAAGGAAGCUUCUAUGGCCAACUAUGAUAAAUGUCCAGAAGACCUCCAAGCUGCACAGGAGCUUGCUGCAGCUGCUGCAGAAGUAGUGGCAAAAUCUAGAAAGGAGAGGCAACAAAAGCGAGCUGCUGAAGCAAAAAAAGCUGGUCCUGCUCAGACCGCUGCAGAAGCAACCCGGCGAAUGCUGGAUAGAAAGAGACUAAGCUCAAAAAUCAACUAUGAUGCAUUGGAGAAACUCUUUGAUGAACCGGUGGCUCCAGAGAAGCCCAAGAAACAAAGAAAUGAAUCACAUUCUGAUGAAAAGGAAGAGAAGGUUUCUAAAAUGGGCAAAGAAGAAGGUGAUUUAGUAGACAAAUAUGAUGACGACAACGAUGAGGAAGGGGAUGAAGGAGGAACAUUUGACAAUAACCUGGACUUUGAAAACGAAGUCUAUGAUUACGAAGAUGAUUAUGAAUAUGAUGGAUUCUGAUUCGUCUUCGGGCAAACAAUUUCCAUCCCUAACAACAAUUAUUUUUUGAGUUCAAGAAAAAUAGAUUUGAUUUCGACAUUUUGAACAAGGUACACGAACUUAUUAAUGAACGAAGUGCUUAUAUGUGAUUAUAUAAAAUAUUAUUGCCUAGGAAAAAAUUUACCCGUAUUUUUUUCUCCCUAUUUUAAAUCAAUGUAUUGUUUUCACUGCUAUCAGAGCACCAGUAAGCUUCAAAGCAAAGUCAGAACAGCAAGGAUUUUCCUAUAUUUAUUUUCAAUUUCAUGAGAAUAUUCAGGAUAAUUAGAGCAGCAAAACUGAUCAACUUAUAGGAUAAUAUCAAAGACCCAUUUACCUCAGCUGAAGUAUGCAUUGGUUCACUGUACCAGGGAUCAAAAAGACGACACAAAUGAUCAAUAAUGUUGCCAAUUAAUUUACAUUCAACAAUAAGCCAACAAGCUUGUU